CCCGUAUUUGCUUUUAUUGACGAUGGAGAGCAACUGCAGCAACUGCGAGAAUAUCUCAAUACAGUAGGAAAAGCCAAGCUUGAUCCCAAGGGUUUGAAUUCUGUUUUUGGAACAUUUUUCGAAAACCUUCUGGACAUCUGUUCACAGCUUACAGUCAUGGGAGCUUGUCCUCAUCCUGUUGAGGUUGACUAUAUUUUGAAUUCAAUCUGCUCCUUAAUGGUACUGGUACCAGCUGAGCGUGCGUUGGAAGUUGUGGGAGCUUUCUGCAAAGCUAUUACUCCAGCACACUUUAAGGGUCUUGGAUGGAACAGCAAUGCUGGGCAUGCCGUGCAUGUUUUGUCAAACUUGUUCCGAGGAUUUGCUGCGCAUCCGAAGAUUCAGGAGACCUUAUACCGUUCCUUAGUUGCAAUGUGCUCUGAAGCGCGUAUGAUUGGUGAACUGGACUGCUCAACGGAAACACUGCAGAAACAGUUCAAGCAAUGGGGAACAUCGCUAGAAGGUCAGAGGGAUAUUUUACGUCUCGUACAUGUUGGACUUCUUGAAGAUCAAAAAGCCGACCAAGCAGCAAAGGUUAUGAUAAUGCUUUUGGGAACCUACACCGAAAAAGACGCUGCCCAAGCACGCGAAGAUGCUAUUGAAUGCGUAAGAACAGCAGUAGUCGAUCCAAAGUCAUUUUCGUUCGAUCAUCUUCAACGUCUUUGCGCCGUCAAGGCAUUGCAAAAGUCUGAUCCAUUAAUGUAUUCCGCAUUGGAGCUGUUUAUAUCGGGCACACUUAAGGAUUAUAGAGCUUUUGUCAAAGCACAUCCGGAGUUUGUCGGACAAAUGUUGAAGGUCGAUGAGGCUGUUCUCUUGAAGAAGAUACGGCUGUUGACUUUGAUGACAAUUGCAGAAAGUAAUAAUGUUAUUCACCUUGAUGACCUUGCUAAAGAGUUGGAUUUACCUUCAAAUGAUCAAUUAGAAGAGUUUAUAAUUGAUGCUAUUCAAGUGAACGCGAUCUCGGGAAAACUGAACGAAAUUACGCGGACACUGGUUGUAAGUUCAUUCCAACACCGGCAAUUUGGACGUGAACAGUGGCAAACACUACAGGUAUUGUAAAC